GCAGGCGUCCUCGUCACUGGGUCUUUCCCUUGCUCCACCCCGCCCACGCGCUCCCUCAGGCGCGUGCGCUUGCUCACUGCUCGCCUCCUUGACUGUGCUGGAGAAGCGGUUACCGAAGGCUUGGAGGAACGAAGCGAAGGAGGUUUGAGGUGCCCUGGACAUGUUACUUCAAAUUUUCCGGGACUGAGAAUUUUCUCCUUCUCCACGCAAUCAAUUCACAAGAGGAAACUGAGGCUCAGAGGUGGAGUGACUUGCCCACAAAUCCCAGACCUCAUUCAAACUGCAAAGAUCUGAAAUUUGAAAAGCCACAAUCUGUUUACAAGAUUCUGCCAAGAAUGAUCCAGGUCUUUCUACAGCUUGGAGGAAUAUUCACAGAGAAUAUGGAGCAAAUGCAGCUAAGAAAUUUUACAACAGCCCCUGGAGCUUGGAAAAAAGAUUCCUCAGGUGACCAAAAGCUCUUCAUAUCUUUCUUUGGGAGUAUGGAGGAAGCUAAGUAAAUUCUUCCUUUAUCUAUCACCUACUUUAGCUUGACUGCAACUGACUAUUGGCUGAGAGCUUUCUGCUGAUGGAGGAAGAGGGCUAUUUAAUUGGAGUUUGUAGGAAGGAGGCUGCACAAGCUAAGGGGCAGGAGAGACAUUUUUUUGAGUUAGGGAGAUGAAGUAGCAACUGUUCCUCAUCCACCUGGGCAGGACAGGUACAAUGGGACUCAUGAUUCAGGCUUGGCUGGGAGAAUGGCCUAGAAUGUUCAACAUUAUCUUAUUUAUUGUGUAGCUCAAGAAUGGUAGAAUAGAAUUGUUUUCUUAGGGAAAACCGAGAAUGGAAAUUAUGGUAGGUGUAUUUCUUUUUUCCUUGGAAUAUGCAGUGAGUGAAGCAGAGGACCAGUUUUUUUUUUCACCAUAUGGUAUGAUUGCUCUCUUUGGGAGUGAGGCCAUGGAACUCUUUUUACUGAGGAAUCCCCUUACUCCUGAGAGAACUAUCUUUUCUAGAGUAAUAGGGUCCCAUCCCCCUAAGCUGGUAUUAGGAGUGUGUUUUAAGAGGCUUUUGCUUCUCUUUUCUUUCCUUGAACUCUUUAUCUCUUAUUUCUGGGUCUGUUUUUCUAAUCUCUCUUUCAUUAGGAACAGUGGAAGGCACCAAAGAGAAAACUCCUGAUUUUCCAAAAGGCCACUGGGAGGGACAUGCCAGGAAACUUUUGCAGAGAACAGAAAAGAAGCAAAAGCCUUAUGCUUUGUCUCUCCCUCUUUAUUACUUGUUGGUCAGGUUUUUAACAUUUAUCAUGUCUACUUUGAUGAAGUUGAAUAAAAUCAUGUACAAUGGGCAAUAAUUUCUUGCCUGAAAAAGCUCAUUUAUCAGUAGAAAGCCAGAUAAAUGGCAACAAUCUAAAAUAGAUAGGUGGUUGAUUUUUAGAAGACGAUUUUUUAAAGCCUUUUUUAAAGCCUUACCUUCCAUUUUAGAAUCAAUGCUAUGUACUGGUUCUAAGGCAGAAGGGCUAGACAGUGGGGAUUAAGUAACUUGUCCAAGGUCACAUGGCUAAGAAGUGUCUGAAGUCAUAUUUGAAUCCAGGACCUCCAUUCUCCAGACCUGACUCUCUAUCCAUCGAGCUGCCUCGUUUGUGACGUUAUUUAGAAGAAAAAGUUUUAUGGUUCAGAAAACACUUUACAUCUAUGGCUAAUGUUUAUAUAGUGCCAGGUAUUGUACUACUACUAUGUUCCAGGUACUGUGCUAAAUGCAAAUUUUUCAGUUGGCACUGACCCCUAGUCCCCUCUAAUGAAUAGGGAGUUAGGGAAGAAAGUGUACAUUUUCUUUUAUUGAAGCUUCCCCCCCAACCUGGUCAGAUACCCUUGUAGAUGCCUCUAGGCCAUCCUAUGCAAAGAUGAUCAUCUCCUGCUUCAGGAUUCAGCCUCAAUUUUUUUUUUCUUUAAAAAAAUUGCUAUACAUUUGUUUUUACAAUACUUUCAUUUCCCAAUAAGUCUUUCCCCUUUCUCAUUUCAGUGAAUGAUCUUUUCUUUUUUUUUUUUUUUAAACAAAGAAGGGGGGGGGUAGUAAAGGCAGUACAAUACCAGUGCUUUCUUUUAAAACCAACAACAGAUGACUUGGUUCUAAAACUAACAUUCCAUUUGACUGAUUUGAGUGACCUCAGUCUCAGAGCCAAGCCUAUGCAAUGGAUACACACUUAUUUGAGUAUAUUGAGUGAUUCUUGUACUCAGCUAGAUGAGAACUCACAAAGAAAGCUGAGGACAUUGUCAUUGUCAUGCUUUCUCAAUUGACAGGAUUUCUUGCCAGUUUUUCUAGUUAUCUCCCAUCUACUAAACUAGAGGCCUUACUCUGGUUCUUCUCCUUCUGUCCCUUCUCUCCACUCUUCUUUUUCCUCCUCCUUUGUUAUUGUCCAUUUGAAGUUUUUCCUUUUCCAUAUGACUAGCCCAGCUUCUUUUCCUAUCAAGCACAUCUAUCUUCAGUGAUAUUAUUUCUCAGUAUAUCUUUCUUUAAAUCUUUUUAUGUCAAGCAUAAGCUACACCCUCCAAACAUGCUUCUUUUGCUCUUUGGAAUGUUCUUUCUAGGAAAUAUACCCUCUCUUUUAAAUUUUUCCCUAGUGUCAUCAACUAGAAUUUCAAAAAUUGUAUGGUUACUUAGGAACUUUUAAUAAAAAACAUGGUGAUCCUUGAUUUGAGUGUUCUUUCACUCUAUUUGAGAUUUUUGUUUUUCAGAAUCAGAAAUUUAUUUACUUUUCUUUUCCUGAUGUCCUUUUUCUUGCUUUCCAUUUUAAUAAUGGAAAUGGAACUAGAAAUGGAAAUAAUGGAAAGGACAUUUGAAUAUUAUUCUUUUAUUGGUUUCAGAGACAGGUGGCAAAGGAGGAGAUGAGAGAAUGCUUUUAUUGUCUAAUACUCUACUGGUCAGCUUUCAUCUUAACAUGGGAAUGAUUUUUCCCUAUGUUUCUAGAAGAGGAAUGUAACUUAAUUUACCUACCUCUGGGGACUUUAAUAAUCAUGAUGUGGCCAUUGAAAAAAGUUAAAAGGUCAAUUGUCUUUUGGAUUUACUUAGUCUAAGAUUCUAAAGUAAAAAAUUAGUAUUCCUUAUUUCUUCUAAAAAAGUUGAAUUAAAAAACCAGGAAAUCCAGGAAGCUGUGGCAAAGCAGAUGUUACCUGCAGGGUCCUGUCACCUUAUUACCAUCUAUAUUGUACCAUGCCAAGUGACCAUAAUAAGACUAUUGCAUGGUGGUAUUAAAAUGGAACCAGUUAAUAAAAUGUACACCUUAGGAUAUCUAAAUUAUUGGGUCUUGACUUAAUAAUCCCAAUCACUGAAAAUCAAAGAGAGAUUAAUAGAGGGAAAUACAAAUACAUCAUGUAUAUAUUUUGUUCAGAUACAACACUCAUUUCCCAACAGCUGCCCCACAAAUUUCUUUUAUAAAAUACAUUUCUCUCUUCUAAACAGAGAGAUUGUUAAUAGAAAGGAGGAAUCCUUUACCUUUGACAUUUACGGUACUAACAUUGAUUAUUGUUUUUGGUCAGAGUUUUGUCAUUUUUCUGUGUCUCAAAUUUGUUCUUGAAGUGGCAGCCUUCUGAUAUAUGAAGAAUAUUCAUAUUUUCACUUGGGCUUCUCUUUUUCAGGCUGAAUAUACCCAUUCCUGUCAUGAUGUCAUUUCAUGAGCCUUCAUUACUAUUCAUCCUUCUCUGCAUUCUUUUUAUUUUUUUCUCUUUGUACUCUUUUCAACAUGUCUCAUAAAAUGUAGCCCUCGGAAGUAGAAUUAGGUUGUAUAAUGUGAACUGAAUUAUAUAGGGUACACUGGAACCAUUAUGUUCUCUCAGAUUUUUGUGUCUACUAAUGUAGAUUAAGGGAGCAUUAACAUUUUUUAAAAGCAAAUAUUGCACACAAUUGAUUUAUAUUAAACUGUGACCAAUUAAAAACCUUCAGAUUAUUUUUUCCCACAUAAUCUUAAUUUCCUCUUAAUUCAGUACUUGUGUACUUAAUUUCAGGACUUGUGCAAUUGAAUAUAUGAAUUUAGAUGCAGGAUUGAUUUUCCUGUUGCAUUUUUUCUUGACUUAAAAGAUGGUAGUGAUUUUAGAAAAUCAUUCUGGUUUUAAUGGAGAAAAAAAGAGGAGAGGAGAGGAGAGAAGAGAAAAGGGAAAGGGAAAAGAAAAGGAGAGAAGAGGAGACAAGAUUGAAAUAAUAAUUUGAAGUAUUAAGGUUUCAUUUGUAGAUAAUAGCUGGAUAACAAGCCUGUCCAGUGGGGGAAAUCCAUAAUAGUGAGAAACAGAAAUUUGUUAGAAACCAAACAUUCUUCCUGAUCCACAGACAUACAAAAAGGCCUGAAUCACAGAACUUCAUUAUUUUGUGUGCAAUUAUUUUUUUCAAUAUUUUUGGAGUUCAAAAGAUGAAAUCAAGUUAUUAUAAAACAGGAUUUGGCCUUCAGUUUGUUAACCUGAUUUCCUAGGUCUAUAUGCUAUAUAAGAUGCAGACUUUCACUCUCAUUAUAAGGGAAUGUUGACAAUGUUAGAAACAGUUUCUAAAUGUUCAGUUUUAGAAAAUUCUUUGUGUGGUAAAUAGGGGCUGAAACUCUGGUGCCUUCUCAGCUUGUGAGAUUAUGCUGUCACAGAAAGAUGAAAGAUAGAAUUAUUUAUUCUUAUCGAGAAGUCAUUUGGUCUCCAGUCUUGUCAAAAUCUAUAUAUUUCCAAUUUUCAGUAUGACAAAUUAGCAAGUAUAUUCCAUCUUCCUUCCCUCCCCUCCCCACCCCUAUAUCCUUCGUUCGUUCGUUCUUUCCUUCCUUCUGUGUUAAAUGGAAGAAAAUGUGAAUGUUUCUGCACGAUGUAAUGAGUUUAGACUGUAAAAAAAGACACUCAAUAUUCCCCCUUGUAUUCCUAGUACCUAUAUAGUGAUUAGCACAUAGUAGGUACAUAUUAAAUAUUGAUUAAUUGAUCACCUAUAUAUGUUUUAUCUGUCAAGGCAGUACAAAGGUAGAUAAGAUAUAAGGAGACCAACAAGUUAUUUUCCCCCUGAAUAUAAAGUAUCAAGCCUUAGUGUUGAAAGGGACCUAAUAAUACAUUUGGGGAUUUAAAACUCACUUGAAGUAUGAACAAGGAAAAAGCUGGGAACUUUAGCCACUUUUUCACAAUUACGUGACAAAAUGGCUCACAUGAGGUUGGUCACAAAAUCACUAGGAAAUAGGUUAGGGUGAGUGGUGGCAGAUAUUGGUUUUAUUGGUCAGGUGAACUGAGACCAGGGGACUGAUGACAAAACUACCCCCCAAAUCAUCAUAUUCCUUUUGCUUUCUCCUUUGGGCAGUUGAUGCCUCAUCUUCUUCCCUCCUCUCACAGCUACCCUUCUCCCUCCUCACAUAUGGUAUGCAAAAUGAUGGACCUGUGAAAUUUUCAUGGCUUUUGGGCUUCAGGAAGGGAGAGAUCUUUAUUUCAAGGAGAGAUCUCAGUCAGGCCUCUGAUCUAUCUCAAGCCUACAGCUUAAGAUAGCAGGUUAUUCAUCUUUAUAGUAGAAGAAUUUAUCGAACUCUUUAGUAUUUUUCCGAGUCUUUGUGGGAUCUUUAAAAUGAUCAUAUAUGUAAUUUCUUUCUUUUGAUAAAAAGGUAUGAUGAUCGUGAUGGCAUUGACUAGGGCCUUGCCAUAUAUCAGGUGCCAUAUUGUUGUUGUUCAGUCAUGUCUAAUUCUUCCUGACCCCAUUUUGAGUUUCCUUAGAAAAUAUACUGGAAUAGUUUGCUAUUUCCUUCUCCAGUUCAUUUUGCAGCUGAGAAAACUGAGGCAAAUAGGUAAAGUGACUUGCCCAGGGUCACACAGCUAAUGAGUAUCUGAGGUCAAACUUGAACUCAGGCAGAUGAGUCUUCCUGAAUUCAGGCCUGGCACUCUAUCCACUGCACAUCUAACUGCCCCUCUGGUGUUACAUACUACCAAUGAUAUAUUAUUCCUAACAUUCAGAGUUACAACUAAGGCAAGGUAAAUAGGGUUUUGCCCCCCCCAGAUGAUAAAAUUUGGAGGUUAGUGAUAUUACUUACAUUCCAGCAGCAUAAAAAACACCUAAAUUUAAUACUUACUUAGCAAGAAUAAUUAGUUAAAAAUAGGAAGUCACUACCUUUUCCUCCACAGCUUCCCAACCAUCGGUGAAUUUCUCCCCUACUGGCCCUAGACUGCUCUCCUCACUUCUCUGGCAGUUUUGCUCCCUAACCACAAAUAACCUGAUAUUGAGUCUGUCUCCUCCUUUAUCCCACCUUUUGUCCUAAGUCUCUCUCCCCUACCAAAAGAAUUUGUUUUAAAAAAUGGGAUGAAGGACCUUUGAUGUUAUUUUUUUGAGGCCCAUUUUGAAUUCCUUGACCUGGAGCAAAAAGAAAUUGCUAGUUUCAAUGCCAUCAACACCAGUUUCUUAAAUAAGGUAGCUAUUCAAAUUGCAAGUGUCUAAUGGUGAAGGGAAAAAUAUCUUCUUGGUGGGUAUGGGGAAAAGAGACUCCACGUUGAAAGUAUUGAGAUCUUAGUAUCUUCUUCUGGUAUAAAAUCUUUGAUAAAAUUCAAUGAAAGAAAUGAGCUUGAAGGAAUGUGAUGGAUUUUAAAGUACUAUCAUCUCAUUAGCAGUCUAGAAUUCUAACAUUUUCCAUGUAGCCUCCUGGAUAUGUUGAAACAGAAUUGCAUGAGAUUCUAAGUUGUUUCAUUUUUAACAUGGUCAUUCCAGAGCAUUGAAAUAACCCCUUCCCCUUCUUCUUUAUUUUAAAUAGGAACAAUUAACUGUAAUGUGAGCUUAAAGAGGAAAAAAUUAAAUUGUACAAAUAUGUCUAAUAUGAUAUUAAAGGGAUUUUUGUUUAUUUGUUAUUCCAUUGUUAUUUUGCCACAUCUUCAUAAUCUGUCCUUGACCAUGAGACUACUGAUACUUCUACUAUGAAAUCAGUAGGACACAACUAGUAAUCAUAACUUUGAAUGUGAAUGGAAUGAAUUCACCCAUAAAGCAGAAAUGAAUAACAGAAUAGAUCAAAAUAUAGUUUCAAGAAAUUGAAAAAAAACCCACAAUAUUUUCAUUUGCACAUGAAAACCAGACAAUGGAUUAAAGACAAAAUCCUAGUUAAGAUAGAUAGCAUUAUAAAAAAAGUUUAAGCAGGUUACCAUAUAAUGAACUUCCUAGUUAUUCUUUCCUAAUGCUUGACAUUAACUUAUUUUUUAUAUUUAGAUGACCCAUACAAAUCAAAACUCGUACAACCUAAAUUUUCAUGGGCUCUCAGGAGUACCAUAUUGUUAAAUAUCCAUAGUGACUAUCAUGUUGACCUAAAUUCUAUCAAAUUACCCUCUAGGUUUUUUCCCCUCUCAUCAAUUCAUUAAUCACAUUAAAUAUUAUUAAGUUAUUAAAAUAUUAAAUUAUUUAAAAAAGAUUUAAUAAACACAUAGCACUGUAUUAGGCACAGAGAAUAUGAUGAAAUACAUUCUGCACUUGUGGAGUUUAUAUUCUACUGGGGAAGAUCACAUGUUCAUUAAUAAAUAUAUGCAAAAUAAAUACAAGAUAUUUGGAGGAAGGAAGAAGCAAGCAUCCUUGUGGAUCAGAAAGGUCUCAAGUAGAAAGUGACUUUUUUUUAACCCUUACCUUCUCUUAGAAUCAUUUCUAUGUAUGGUUCUAAGGCAGAAGAGCAGUAAGGCCUAGGCAAUGGGGAUUAAGUGACUUACCCAGGAUCACAUAGCUAAGAAGUAUCUGAGUUCAUAUUUGAACCCAAGACCUCCCGUCUCUAGGCCUGGUUCUCAAGCCCCUCAAGUAGAAGGUGACUCUUAAGCUGAGCUUGGAAAGACACCAGGGAUUCCAACAGGUCAAAGUAGAGAGACCAAGGAGUCAGUCUAGAGAGAGAAACGAGUUGGGGUUGCUUUAUUCUUUGUGUGAACAAGAAGGUCAAUUUGUCUAGACCACUGAGUUUAUAAAGAACUAAUUGUUAAAUUUUUAGUAUGAGCAUUUAAUCCUUGGAAAUCCACAAGUGCUAAAAGCUAGUCUUACGAAGAGGGGCAGCUAGGUGGCUCAUUCGAUUGAGAAUCAGACCUGGAGAUGGGAAGCUCUGAGUUCAAAUGUUACCUCAGAUACUUCCUAGCUGUGUGAUGCUGGGCAAGUCCCUUAACUCCCAUUGCCUGGCUCUUUGCAGCUCUUCUGCCUUGUAAUCAAUGCACUGUAUUGAUUCUAAGAUGGAAAGUAAGGUUUUUUUUUUUAAAGAAGGUAAUGGAGAAAAUAUUAAUAAUGCAGAUUAAUCCUAAAAGUAUUCGUUCUGUUUUCCCCUUGGAGAUGUGAUUGUUAAAUAUUUGCCUGGAAACUAAUGUCCUUGGUCAGUUGGGGUGCAUUCUGGUAGGGACAUAAUUACUCACGAGUCAUUUCAAAAGUAAGCCUUUUUAUAUAAGAUGGAAUAAAACUCAUUGGCUAGUAAUUCAUAUUCGAAUUGGUGUCAAUGUAUCAGAAAUGCUGCUACCUAUUAGAUAGUGCUACCUGUUAUAUUAGUGACAUAGCACUUGUCUCUUGUGAUGUAUGCCCUAAAUUUUGUCUCCACUCUUAAUCUUGAACCUAUUUUAUGAGGUUGAGCAUUCUUGCAUGAUCUGGCCCUAGUUUUUCCUGGUCUUUGUUUUAAAUCUUUUGUGAGCUUCUAUCUACUGCAACUGUGACCUCCCAAUUCCCUGCCCUCACUAUCCUUGAGUUUGGAAUUAUCCUAGUUACAUAGAUCUCCCUUUAAUUCUCCUUUAGGAGUUAGGGUCCUUCAGUUGCACAGAUCUCCCCUGGCUUAAUUUGAACUUCAAUCUGUAAUUGGCAUAGUUAGUGAUCUGCUCUGCUCUCCUGUUUCCUGAACCAAACCAACCAGUCAACAUUCCUGAACCUACCCCUCAGCAGCCAAGAAAUAGGGACAGAUGUUUGUGACCCCGAUACUUUCUGAUACUCUCCCCUGCCCUUUAUGUUUUUAGGCUCUGGUAUCAAAUUUUACCACUGCAAUAUCCCAAAUGAAUACAAUUAAAGGAGGUUGUCUAAUUAUCCUUGGGGAGAAGCAUUGUGCUGGAAUGAGUCUUUUGGAGAAGAGAGGAGGGUUUAUUUCCAUUCAUCUUUGCCUAAUACCACCUGUUCCCCUGUUAUAGUCAAAAGUUAGAUUUUUUAAAACCAUCAUUAACUCAGAUUACCAUUUUAUUAAGUAGUUAGUAGCAUACUGUUACAACAAGCAAAACUUCAAUAGUUCUGAACCUUCUAAUAAGGGUUUGCUCCCUAAAUGAGAAUAAUGACUCAAUUCAGGCAAAAGUAUUAUUACUUUCAGUCUAUGGAUCUUCAAAUUGUGCCAACAGAACUAGUUUGCUAGGUCUUGAACAGGAGUGUCUUAUUUGAUUCAACGGUUAUAAACAUGCAGCAUGGUAACAAUGUAAGCACUGCUUAUGCUUUAUGUAAUUUCAUAAAUGAAAAUCUUAUAUUUUCCCAGCUUGAUCUGUUACGUCAGGCCAUUUUACCUUCAUUGCCUAUUCAAUACUUCCUGGCCUUUAACAAUCACUUCAGCAGGUUGUGGGUUGGGAGUGAAGCCAUAGGUCAUCUUCCUCUUUUUCUCAGGCUGCACACAAGGAGCAGAGGUUGUGAUGUCCACAGACAGAUGCAACUUUGUUUUUUGUUUGUAGUGAAAUGUAUGGAACCUUUUUAGGGGCCUUUGAUUACAGUAAGCCAAGAAGCAACAGACACAGUAGUAGGCUAAUUAUAUAGGUUAUAUUUCCUAACGGGCACCUCCAUGAACUGAUACAGAGUGAAAUAAGCAAAACCAGGAGAACAUUGUACACAGUAACAGCAAUAUUGUAUGGUGAUCAACUAUGAUAGACUUAGCUACUCUUGGGAACACAAGAAUCCAGUAUAAUUCUGAGGGACUUAUGACAAAAAAUGCUCUCCAUCUCCAGAGAAAUAACUGUUGGAGUCAGAAUGUAGAACAAAGCCUGUGAUUUUUUUCACAUAAUUUUACUUGAGUUCUUGUUUGGGGGCUUUGGUUUUAUUUGACUAGUCUCUUACAAAAAUGAACAAUACUGAAAUGUUUUGCAUGAUAAUACAUGUAUAACCCAGAUUGAAUUGCUUCCUAGCUCCAGGAGGAGGGAGGAAAGGAAGGAAGGAAGGGAGACAAUUUGGAUCAUAUAACUUCAGAAAACUCAUGUGGAAAUUUGUUAUUACAUGUAACUAGUAAAAAAAAUUUAAUGUAUUUCCUUCUGGGCCUUAGUGGAGUACUAUUUCUAAACCUUGCUUCUUGAUCUCUGCUUUAGACUUUCUGGUGUUUGAUGAGGAGAAAAAGUGCUUAUACUGUUCCCCAUUUCUGGAUCUUUUCUUUGAGUUUUUCAGUCUUUUAAUUAGUCUUAGCUUUCCUUGUGGGGUGCUCCUUUGAUAUAUAUGAUCACAGAAUCAUAUUCCUAUAGAUUUAGAUGGGAACUUAGAAGUCAGAAAGUGUAAUUCCCCUCAUUUUAUAGUUGAAGAAGCCAAAGCUCAGAGAGAUUAAAUAGUUUGCCCAACUUCACAAAAACAUAAGUGACAUAGUUCUGUAUAUCUAUCUUCCAUAAAAUGAAAAAACUUUCAGGACUAUUUCAGGUAUGUUGUCAAGCAAAUCCCAGUUUUAUAGAUAAAUAUUUCAUCCAUAUGUAUUUAUUUUACUUGUAGUUUAGAGAAGAAGGAAGAAUCUCCCCAAACUGGGUUUUCAUUUGUCAUAUACAUAAACCACUGGAAAACUUUCUUAUAUUGUAGGGUAAAGUAGAGGGUUUAUAAAAGCAAAUGUUUAGAGGAGUACUAAUUGGUUUUCUUGAAGGGGAUGCUCACCUGGAGUUACAGGUAAGCUAUCCAAAUUCCAUGACCAAAAGCUAAUCUAACUUUUGGGGUCUUAAUCAUUUCAAUAUGUUCCAAACUGGAAGUUAACUACAAUUAUUGAGAGAAAGUCAGGUUCAAGAGGUUGAAGUGGACCAGGGUUAAAGUAGGGUCUUGUAAGAGGGAAAGAAACAGUAAGCUAAAGUUUAGUAAAUGUUUGCUUAGGGGGGCAGCUCAGUGGUUCAGUGGAUUGAGAGUCAGGCCCAGAGAUCACAGGUCCUGGGUUCAAAUCUAGCCUCAGACAUUUCCUAGCUGUGUGUUCCUGGGCAAGUCACUUAACUCCCAUUGCUUAGUCUUUACUGUAUUUCUGCCUUGGAACCAAAUACACAGUAUUGUUCAAGUACAUAGUAUAACACAUGGAUGAAAGGUACUGUGUAUUGGUUCCAAGGCAGAAGAGUGGUGAGGGCUAGGCAAUGGGGGUUAAGUGACUUGCCCAGGGUCACACAGCUGGGAAGUGUCUGAGGUCAAAUUUGAACCCAGGACCUCCCAUCUCUAGGUCUGGCUCUCAGUCCACUGAAUCACCCAGCUGCUCCCUGAGUUUUUUUUUUUUACAUGCUUGAUCAAUUGAAUGGGCAGAACUCAGAUUUUAUUUAGCCCACCCCUUAAUUUAACUGAUAAGAAAUUUGAGGCCCAGAGAAGCAAAGUGAUUUGGCUCAUGGUCAUCUGGCCUCAGACAUUUACUAACUUUGUGACCCUGAGCAAAUCACUGAACCCUGCUUAUCUCAAUUUCCUUAACUGUAAAAAGAAGCUGGAGAAGGAAAUGACAAACCUUUCUAAUAUCUUUGCCAAGAAAACCCCAAAUGGGGUCACGAAGAGUCAAACAGGACAAAACGUGAUUCAAUAAUAACUUCUGACAUUGGUUAUCUAGUCUUUGCUUGAAGGUUUCUAUUGAAAUAUUUCUUAAAUAUCUCUUUAAAAAAACAGCAACAAAUGAACAAACCUUUACCUUUUAUCUUAGAAUUAAUGUUAACUAUUGGCAAAAGAAAAAAAGUACAGAUUAGGUAUUUGGAGUUAAGUGACUUGCCCAGGUUUACACAACUAGGAAGAGGCUGAGACCAGAUUGGAACCAGGACAUCCCAACUCCAGGUCUAGCUCUCUAUCUAUUUACUGAACCAUCUAGCUGCCCCUAACCUCAAAUCUCUGAGGCAGCCCCUUCUGCUUUUGGACAGCUUUAACUGUUAGGAAGAUUUUAUUUUCAUCAAGUUUAAACUAAAUAUUAAGUGCCUACUAUGUGCUAGGUACUGUGCUAAAUUCUGGAGAUACAAAUAAAAACAGCCAUGUCCCAGUCCUCAAGGAGCUCACAAUCUAAUUUGCAAACAUGCAAACAACGAUAUAGGAAUAAGAUAUACUUAGUAUAAACUGGAGAUCAUCUCAGAGGAAAGGAAUUAACAUUAAGGGAGAUUAGAAAGGGCUUCUUGCAGAAGAUAGAAUUUUUGCAGAGACUUGAAGAAAGCCAAGGAACCUAGAAGGCAGAGAUAAGAAGGAGAGACUAGUUCAUAGCACCUGGAAAAAGUCUAAUUUAUAGUGCCUGGAUUAUAGAAGAGCUCUAGAAGGUGAGUGGGUUUGAUAAAUCCCUCUCGACUUGGAGAUACAUAGUAUAACAGGAUAGCAUAGUCUUCUUUUGUGGAAACAUUAAUUUGUCUUUGGUUCUACUUUAAUAAACAAUAAAUGUAAGGAUGUCUGUUCCACAGUGGAUUGACCCAGAUGAGGGUAGAACAUGGCUUCCCUUGGUCUCUGAUAAAGUCAGAGAUAUUUUAAGUGACAAUUGUUCUUCUGUGAAUGAAUGAGUGAAUGAUGAAUGAACACUUUUACAUGAACUUUUACCUAAGCUCUGUGACCAGGUUCUGUCAAAGUGUGAAAUUUUUGUUGGUUUAGGACUACUAAAAAUUGUAACUCCAAAAGAGCUUGUUUUAUAGAGAUUUCCAAACACAUGGAAGGAAGCUGCCUCUUUGACCUUUCUAUAAGCAUAAAUGUAUAGAAUUGGAAUAGAUUAAUAAAAUUUGUCACUCCCAGGCUUAUGCUCAGAACACAGAAUGUUGUAUUUUUCUCUUUCUUUUUCUUGGCUACCUGAAUGGAAGGAGAAUCCUGAAGUCAUAGUCUCCCUAAGCAGUACCCUAUUUAAAACUAUGAGCAUAAGUUCUAUGAGAAGUAGUCAAAAAGUAAGGUGAAAUAGGUUGCUGUACUACCUUCAGAGAAACUAAACAAGAGGACUUGCCAAAGCCUCAUUUAGAAUUUAUUGUGAAAAUCAGGCAUUGUCUACCAAAGGCCAAUAACAUUUCCCCCAUUUCCUUUUCUUUUUUUUUUUCUUCCUCCUCCUUUUUGGGAAUUCUUUGUACAGAAUUGUCCAGGUAGUUUCAGAUACCUAUAUUAUUCUUUAUUUAAAAAUACGUAGGAGCCUAGAUAAUUUCCUUCCAUUAUUCACAUAUCAUCUCUUUUCCCUACUUCUUUUUGGCAUAAAUUAGAUUGUUACUAUAUUUGAGUUUAAACAAGGCCCCUGGUUUAGCUUCACUGUCUUUUAGGGGUUUUUGUUUGUUUGUUUUUAAACUCUGUCAGCCAGCAUUAUUUUUUUAGUCUUAUUAUCCUAUCACUUCUUAUGUGUGGAGAUUUAUAGACUGUAUUACUUACAUGUAUAAAGAAAGGGGUAGUGUAUAUGACUUCUGUAUUAUUCAUUGCCUUAACGUAUUUCAUCUUUUCCACAUUUAUACCAUACUUCUCCACCACUACCCUUUAUGAAUGGUGGGAAAUUGUUUCUACACGUAAAAAAAGGAGCUGGAAAGAGGAAGAGAUUAAGCUUUAUCUCUGUUGAGUACUUGGACACUGAAAGAACCAAACUGUUAGAAUAUCUAAUGUUGAGCAGAGCUGAGGAUGAAUUCUUUGAGUUCAGGGAGAUUAAAAAAAAUAGCAAAGGCCUAAAAAUCAGGAAGUCUGGAAAUCCAAGAAUAUCUUUCUUUCGUUCUUUUUUUUUUAAACCUUAGGGAGUUUGUGAUGAAAGAGCUCAGACCUGUUCCCCCCGCCAGAGUUCAAUUAUUUCCUAGCAUCUUUCUUUCUAAUAAUCCUUUCUCAAGAAGCUGUCAUGACCACUUGCUGUCCUGAAGUCCCACAGAGAGACAUUAGCCCGCUUAUUUUCCAUCCCUCUUUUCUUUCCUCAGUUUCUCUCUGAAAUCUUUAUAAAUCUCUUUUCUGGGAGGAGUGUCUAAGCGGGUGGAAGUCUGAAUACAAUGAAACCUGAGAAUUUCUGUCACUCUCUGCAUAUGGUCCUAAGUGCUUUAAUCCCAAUUAGGGGCGGCUGACACACGGUCCUAUUCAUCCCAAUCAGCCCUUGAAUACAUUUGCCUAGAAAUGAACUUCACAAAUAGAGUCUUGGCUAAAUGUGCCCAGCAGCAAGGAAAAUCGAAUUGAGUGAGGGGCUCAUUCUGAGGCGAUCCGGGGAGAAAAGGUAUGAAUUUAUAAGGUACACCGAAACAUUUCAAUUCAGCGACAAGCUCACUGACUUUUAUUUGCAUCAUGUCAACCGAAAGAACCAAGAAAUACGUUGAGGGAAUCCGGUUAAAAGGCAACUUUAUAGAGACUCUGAAUACUUUAUAGAGCCGCUUCCAAUGGAUGCCCCUCUCCCCUUUUAAAAUCUAGUCUGGGAUGUGCCACAACCCUUCUCCCCCUCCCUCCCCUCCCCCCCCUUCUUGCCAUCGAUUCACGAAGGAGUCUUGCAAUUAAGAAUAAAAUGUCCAAAUUGAGAUGGUGUCAUCUGGUGGGAUUCCCAUAGAGGCGACGUGGCUAUUCAGAAGCAGCCUUAAUAUCCCACCCGCAUCUUGUCUGAGUCGCGCAGCUGGUUGGGGGAAGGACCCUUGGAGUCGGACUGGCUCGGGUUCCAGGACAAUACGCACCCGGGUAGUUCAGAAGGGCCAUAUUCCAAGAAAAGUGAUACUCUGGGAGGGAAAAGUGUUACUUUCUCCUUCUAAAUUUAGUGAGUCCAGGCCAGUCUGUCCCAAAUCUGUGCUGGAAAGGAAGCUUCAGAAUAGCUCGCCUAGAAAAACCAUUGCCCUUUCCGGAUGCAAAGACUCUUCGUGCCCGCGGUCAUAACCAUCUGCCUUCUUUCUCUCCAGCUCGAGGUCUGGAAAGGGGCCUAAGAGCUCCGGGGAAAUGAUGGCUUCUCAUCUUAAGAGGCUCAGAGACUAAGGGCUCUCCAGCGACCUUUUUGGUCGUUUGUGCAAGGCCUUGAUGAUGAGAAGAGACUUGUGUUUGGAGAGAGCUCUCAGGUGGGAGGGUAGGGAACAGGACGAUUCUAUCUCCAGAGAAAGAAAAACCUCCCCAAAGCUGCUCAUGUUCUGGGAACCUCGUUUUGAAGGGUCCCCGAAACUUUGGGGUUCUUUAUUUACCUCUGCAGAGGACCUUAAGGUCAGGCGUGUGAGUUGCCGGGUUUGCCCUAGUGCGAGGAUCUCUCUUGGUAAACCGCCUAGAGGCCGGCCGGGUUUUGUUCCUGCGCUUCUCCCGCUUCUCCCGGGCACAAUGCAGUUGGCCCUGUCUACAGGCAUUCAUGCUGAUUUGAAUGUAAUGUUGAACCUUCUCGGGGCUGGAGCAGUUUGAGGGGCUGAAUGGAGCUCCCUGGUGGGACAUUGCUCCCUGCAACUGUGCCUCUUUGGAUGACUGUUGUUCCUUAACAUUCAUGCCUCAUUAUGGGGCAACCUGUUAAAUCAAAAAGAACACUGUGCCAGAGUGUUCCUCCGGGGCAUGGGCAGUUCAGCGCUGGGCAUAAAUAAGGGCUGGCUUGUAAAAUAUCUUUCAUCGAAGCUGGGCCGCAAAAGUGAUUUCGCUUUAAUGGUACUUCGGGAAGCCCAGCUUAAGUCUAUAAAAAGCGAUAGUGGAAUGUUUUGAUUGAGUCUAAACAUUGUCUUUGAAUAAGGCUGAAACCAUGUAAUUAAUGUGUCUUUUUAAUAAGGGACAAUACGGUCGUUCAAGCUAUUUAAUUUCAUUUAAUUUUCCAUCCCAUUUGCUCCACAGACUGCUUUUACUUUUAACACCCAGCCUUUCAUGCCGCAUCUUGCUCCAGUGGGCACAUUAGAUUGGUUUCACCCUUGCUUUUUAGGGAAGGAAAAAUAAAAGAAAAUGUGUUCCUUUCCUCUUUUGUGGGCAAUUUAUUUCACUUGGGGAACUUCAACUUUGAGCCACAGGACAGAAUAAAAAUUGGCGAGCUGGUGUGAAUGCUUCUAGAGCAAGGCCUUUCUUUUCUCGGGGGAUGGGAACCAGCCACAAUUGGCUAUAUUAAUAAAUAACUUUCCUCACAGUCGGCCUUUACAUGGUCCUAUUGAUAAAAUUGUUCGCGUGUCGUUCACGCUUUUUGACUCAUUAAGGAGGGGAUAGGGAGGCUCCCCAAACCAAGCAGUAGGGUCUCUCUCCCCCUUCCCUCAGCCGCUCUGGUAAUUUAAACUGGGUGUCAUCCUAGAGUCGCCAGGCCAGAGGUUAUGGGGACAUGUUCAUGGCUUAAAUUUAUUGCCCUCUACUUCUUGGUUCUUCCCUCCCUCCCCGCCCCCACCCCUUUUUCUUUUACCAUUCAUGAAUCUGAUCAAAGGAGCUAUCUUCCUCUCCCACAGCAGUCCAGUCGGGACUGACCACAACAGUGGAGUUUGGGGUAAAAAUUAUUUUUAAUUUCAUUGGCGAUGACCAAGAAAUGGAAUCAUUGUUUAAAGUCCUGCAGGUGUGAAUUCUGUAAGGUUGCUGUGGUUAGAGCCAAUGCAACUCGGCUGCGUCCGACAACCUGUAACUUUCACUCUGUUCCCUCUCCUUAGCCCUCCUGUCCUCCCUAGCUCUGCCUGGAGGACUUUUCCUGAGGAGAGCUAUAGCUCUGGGGACAGGCUUUAUCACCCCGAAGGGCGUCGGUCCCUAUCUAGGAGAUUGGCCAAAGAGUUUUAGGCAGCUCGCUCGGACUUUAAUCGGAGCCCACGUGGAAGAGGCAGGUUAUUUGUCAGCUCUCGCCCCGUGGCACUCGAGAAGAGUAGAGACACUUGCCCAGGUAACUCUACCUUGCCCAAUUGGGUUCAAAUGCCAUAUUCCUCAAACCCUGCAACCUUUAGAAUACUGCUGACGUGUCAACAUAACCUAAUGACAAUCAGCUUGGUGAAUAGAUUGGAAAAGGCAGGAAAUCCCAGAAGUUUAACUUUAGCUACAGAUUCAUUUUAGUGUAGAUAAUACUCAAUUCUAAAAAAUAGGAAACCAUUGAUGAGUCUUAGUCUCCUCUUUCCCUUUUUGACAAAGAAUGACUUCCGUCCCUAGUAUUAUACCACUCACAAAGAACCUAUGUUCUAAUCACCAUCAACACUGGUAGAAAAAAUGAAGUCCCAAACUCUCCUCCUAGAAAUGCUGCUUUUCUCACUAAAGGUGAGGUGAAUUCUGCUGAGGUAUACCUGACCCAAUGCAGAGUAAUUAAUCUAAUGCUGAUAUUUCCAGAAGAAGCAAUGGCCGAAGCAAAACGUAAGAGAAGAGGUGUGGGGAGCAGAGGAGUCCCUCUAUUCUAUUAUUUGCUUAGCCCCCAAAUUUUCAAAGGCAGCUGUGGAAAUCGGUCUUCAGGGAAUUAAAUUUGUCAAAUUGAAAGGAGGGCUCGGUUUAAGAGAGAAAAUAAAUACAAGACGUCUAGGAAAUGCUCUUUGGACUCGAUAUAAUUUUUGAUCAUAUUUAUUAACUACAGAUCUUGGUUAUCAAGACAGUUUUCCUUGUCCUCUUGAUCAAUAUUUACCACGUUCCUUCCUGCAUAUGACAAAUUGUAUUUUAGUUAAAAUCUGAUUGUAGCAGGGGAGGAGUGAUCUCUCAAUGGACUUCUUUUAAAGUAUUUCUAUGAACACAGGAAUUCAGGUGAAUUGGCAUCUGAAGAAAGGUGGUCUGGUCAAGAGCUAUAACUGGGCUCACAAAUUUUACUUUCUGGGACUCCACUGGGUCCUGGACCCCGAGUUACCUCCUAUCCUGGGAGGUUUGUUUAUCCAGUACUCUGUGUGACUCUCCAGCUGGCUUUCCCACUAAGCCAAAUAAAGUCAUACCCUCCGUGUUCAGAAGUGCAAUGAUGUAUAGCUAACCUCUUGUCUUUUAAAAGGCCUCCAAAUGCUUCAUAUUUCGGGGGAAUUGGGAGCAGAAGGAAGAAUAAAGCGGUUAUAAAUAGAUUACUGGCCUGAAACCAAUCCACUGAAAUGGUAAUAUGGUCGUUAUUUAAAAAGUGUAGGUAUUUUCUGGUGUUUUCCCAUCAAGUACCUGCCCAAUUUCUGUAUGGCACACGCCAGGAAUCAAUAGAAGUUAACAAGUCCUCAAAACAUUCUCCAUCUCUUUGUUUAAUCUCCUUUACAAUAAAGCCAGGGGAAGAGAAUUAAAAAUCUUUGAAGUAUACUCAGCCUCAAAAGAAUCAGCCAAGUAGACUUAAAGUAGUCACUUAUUUUCCAAAACUGGUUUGUCGGGGAACAAUAAAAGGAAGUAAAAUUUAUGGAGAAAUUAUACAGUGGAUUUGUCACUUAAAAUAUCGUAACUGUCUCGGGGACAAUACCCCAUGCUGAGGAUUAAUGGUCCCGCCAGACCUUUGAUUCACCAGCGCCUUUUCUUUGCCCUUGACAAAUUGGAUUUUUAGGAAUGGGAAGGUCGCCUGGACCAUUGUUUGCUAGCCAUUCAGAGGACUUGAUUAUGCAGGGGGGUGAGGGAACGACUCCAUGUGACCCUCUUGGAUGGAACUCUGCAGCUGCUCUAAGAGCUCAACUCUCUCACCAAACUCUGCGCCCUAGAGCCUCAGCGUGCCAAAAGGGGAGCCCUCCUGGUCCAAUUGAAAAGCCGGCGUGCAUCCACAAGCCGCGUCACUCUGCGGGCGGAGAUACGCCUGGGUUCAUCCUUCUCCCUGGCUUGUCUCUGUCACUCCAACCCUGUUAAGUAGUUUGGGCUCCUGAUUGCUUGUACCCAGAGGCAGCUAUGCACACAAACAGGGCUGCCGCCAUCAGCGUGAGCGCAGAAAGCUGCAUCCCAGCCGGGCUGCGCUUAGGUCCUGUGCCCGGCAUCUUCAAACUGGGCAAAUACUUGUCAGACCGCAGGGAGCCAGGACCCAAGAAAAAGGUAUUUUCCAGGAAGACUAUUGCUUGUUAUUGGCAGGUGCGAAUGGUGAGAGGGGAAUUAGUGGAUGAAUCUGGAGGAUCUCCUUUGGAGUGGAUAGGGUUAAUCCGAGCGGCCAGGAAUACUCAGGAACAGACUCUGGAAGCUAUUGCGGACUUGCCAGGAGGACAGAUCUUCUAUAGGGCGCUUAGAGAUGUACAACCAGGUGAGGAGCUGACCGUGUGGUAUUCGAACUCCUUGGCUCAAUGGUUCGACAUCCCCACCACCGCUACUCCAACGCACGAUGAGAAAGGGGAGGAGCGCUACAUCUGUUGGUAUUGCUGGAGGACUUUUCGGUACCCCAACAGCCUCAAGGCGCACCUGCAUUUCCAUUGUGUGCUCAGUGGCGGCGGCGGCGGUCGAGCCUUUCUGCACCACGAGCACGCGGCCCGUCCAACCGCUGCCCCGACCCUCGACGGUUUCCGCCUCUCCCCGAAACCCGCGGCUCCUGAGCUCGCUGUGGCCGCCCCCGCGGCCUCUCUGCGCAACCACUCGCAAGGACCGCCACCUCCUCACCAGGCCUGUGGGGCGCGCGAGGGUAUCAAGCGCGAGGUGUCCUCGUCUACCUCGCCGCCCCCCCCUGGCAAACUAGGGGCUUCGGUCAAGAAGACAGGUGCGUUCGGUCGCGAGGAGCAGGAGCGCGCACUGGACAUGAGUGUGGGACCAGGCAGGGGGCAUGGUCACUUCCUUGGUAUGGUAGGCGGUUCCCCGGCCGGUUCCGGCAGCCUGGCUUUCUACCCCGGGGCGCGCUCCGCCUUCAAGCCCACGGGCCUUGCCAAGGCUGCGGCUGCAGCCGUAGCUGUCCAUGGAACCGACUCCUAUCGUGAGGACAACGGGGCAGGUGCCGGAAAGGCCGGAGGCGGUCUGGGUUUUGGCAAGUUCUUGGGCGGGGUCAAGCUCGGCGGCCGUCCGGGGCAUGAACCCCUGGUAGCGAGUGGAGGAGGAGGUCACCACCAUCAUCACCACCACCACAGCCACCACCACGCCAAAUGCCUGCAUACGGGAGACGGCCCUCCGCAGCCUCCUCCACCCCCCCCUCCGCCUCCGCCUCCUCCCGUGUUGCCCUGCGCCGGAGCCCUUCGGGGUUUCCCGCUCUUCUCUGGUCACCUGGAAGAGGCGUCGGCAUUCAAGCACGUGGAGCGGGCCCUGCCGGCCGGCGGGCUUCCCAGUGGCCGCUACGCCCAGGUACCCCCGGCUGCUGGGCUGCAUCUGGAGCGCUUCUCGCUCCCUCCUUUUGAAGCCGGGGGUCUUAAGUCUUACCCCGGAGAAUGCAGCCACCUCCCGGCCGUCAUGCCGGCCUUCACCGUGUAUAACGGGGAACUGCUGUAUGGCUCUUCAACAGCCGCAGCGGCCGCUGCCGCUUACUACCCUCUCAAGCUGCACUUCGGCAGCCUGCUCAAAUACCCGGAGUCCAUGUCUUACUUCAGCGGACCCGCUGCGGCCGCGGCUGCAGCUGCUGCUGCGGCGGCCGCGGCCGCGGCUCUGAAUCCCGGCGAGCUGGGCUCUCUGGCCAGCAUCGACCGGGAGAUCGCCAUGCAUACGCAGCAGCUGUCCGAGAUUGCAGCCGAGAAAAGCCGCGGUCGCCUGGACGGGGCGCUGCAGCCCAUCGGGGUCCCAGGCGGAGGCGGGGGAGGUGGAGGAGGUAGUGGCGGGGGUGGGGGCUCUGGGGUGGGCGGGAAGCCAAAGACAGGACACCUGUGCCUGUACUGCGGCAAGUUAUAUUCCCGCAAAUACGGGCUCAAGAUUCACAUGCGGACUCACACGGGCUACAAGCCCCUUAAGUGUAAAGUGUGCCUACGUCCCUUUGGCGAUCCUAGCAAUCUCAACAAGCACAUCAGAUUGCACGCCGAAGGUAACACUCCGUAUCGCUGUGAAUUCUGCGGAAAGGUGUUGGUCCGGCGCCGAGAUUUGGAGAGACACGUUAAGUCCCGACACCCAGGCCAGAGCGUGCACGCCAAGGCGAGUGAAGAGCAGGACUGCACUCAGGGUUAUCCACCAGAACCAGGGGACCCUAAGAGCGACAACGAAAGCGACGUGGAUGUCUGUUUCACAGACGAUCAGAGCGACCAGGAAACCGGGGCGCAGUAGGGACCGAGAUUCGUAACCUCCUCUCCAAGAGAGAAACUCUGAGGAAGAAAACAAGGGAAGGGAGGGUGUGGGGCCCGUUCUGGGUGGAAAGAGGAAUCGCACAGUAAAGGAGAGAUGUGGUCUUGAAGGAGAACCUUUCUUGAGUUUCCUGCAUAGGAUUUAGAACAGAGCAAGGUUUCUCUGGCUCUCUGCAAAUUGCCAGGGCAAAAGGUUAGGUAGGAGCCAGCUGACUUAAAAAUAGAACCAAUCCCAGGCCUCUGGGACAAAGAAAAGGGGCCACAUUACCCACACUCUUUUGCCCCUUAGAUGUUCUGGUAAGGCAUCCUUCCUGGCUUGCCAAAGCAUUCAGUCGUCAAGGGGCUAACCUCGAAUUAAGCCCAAUGUUGCACGGCUACGCUACCGCCGAUAUUUUUAACCUCUACCUAUUUUUAGGAAAAAUGUACUUUUGUGUCGAGGAAAUUGUGCCUUUUGAAACGACUGAUUUUCUGUAUAUUUUACAUGAGCAUCUCGUUUUCCAGAAACAAACGGUAGUCACAAUUCUGCAGACCUGACGUCGAAUCACUCUAUUUCUACUUCCUGGGUGUGCUCACUCUUAUCUAAAAAUAAGUAUUGCAGCACUGAAUAUAUCUAGAUAACAGAUAUAUGAUUUGACCAAGUUGUGAUUAUUUAUAACAAAAUAAUAUUUGAGUAACAAAUGUAAAAUUAAUAUCAAAAGCAUGUCUAAAAGCACGCAAUAUAUAAAUUUAAUGAAAAUGUUAUUUGGUAGAAUACAAAUGUGGUGUAUGUUUGCUUUAUAAUGAAUGAUGUAUAGUGGAUACAGCAUUUUGGUCUUGGUUCCAGUUUGUCAUGUGUUUUUUUUUUUUAAUAAAGUUACUGACAAACUAC